AUGGCGCUGGACUUGGAUGCGUGCAUCGAGAAGCUGCUGAACAAGCAGCUUCUCGUGGACACGCUCCUGAAGGAGAUCUGCGAAAAGACCAAGGAGCUGCUCAUGCGCGAAAGCAACGUGGUGCACAUCAGCGCACCGGUCACGGUCGUGGGCGACAUCCAUGGCCAAUUCUACGAUCUGCUGGAAAUCUUUCGCAUCGGCGGCGAUGCGCCGAAUACCAACUACCUGUUUCUGGGCGACUAUGUGGACCGCGGGCUGUUCUCGGUAGAGACCAUCUCGCUCCUGACCUGCCUCAAGCUCCGGUACCCGAGCCGCGUGCAGCUCGUGCGCGGCAACCACGAGAGCCGUGCCGUGACGCAGACGUACGGCUUCUAUGCCGAGUGCAUGCGCAAGUACCCGGAGUCGAACGUGUGGCAGUACUUUACCGACAUGUUUGACUUUCUCACCUUGUCGGUCGUGAUCGACGACCAGAUCAUCUGCCUGCACGGCGGCCUCUCUCCUUCGAUCCACUACAUUGACCAGAUCAAGAUCAUCGACCGCUUCCGCGAGAUCCCGCACGAGGGGCCGAUGGCCGACCUCGUGUGGUCCGACCCGGAUCCGGACAAGGAGGAGUUUGCCAUCUCGCCGCGUGGCGCCGGCUACACGUUUGGCGCCUCGGUCGUGAAGCACUUUCUCGAGAUGAACAAAAUGUCGCACAUUUUGCGCGCACACCAGCUGUGCAUGGAGGGGUACAGCGUCCUGUACGACGACCGCCUCAGCACCGUGUGGUCCGCGCCAAACUACUGCUACCGCUGCGGAAACCUCGCGUCGAUCCUGGAAGUGGGGCCGGACGGCUCGCGCCAUUUUAAUACCUUUGAAGCCGCACCGGAGAACGAACACGACGGGCCGCUGCAGGCGAGCCAGCCACGCAGCGAGGCCAUCGAGUACUUUUUGUGA